GUAAACACAGUAAACUAGCGUAAAUAUGGUGCGGGUUGCGAGCGGUUCUCGUCGAAAGUCUGCUCCACUCACCGGCCAGCACAGCGAGUCAAACACGCAUUUAGGCGACGGGUGUUUUUCCACCAGGCGACAGCUGAACCCUUUUUUUUUUUUCUCAAACAAAGCAGCGCAGACCCCAACAGCUCGGCGUCUUGAAAAUAGAAGGACAGAUAGUGAAUAAUAACGACGAGAACGACGCGGGCUUUUAAAGCACGACGAUCGGCGUGCUGGAAACUAGGGCGUCUGUUUACCUGCGGCGCAUGCGCACGGCGCGUACUCGCAGCGAUAUGUUUGAUUUUACUGCAGGCUAGGAGAGGAGGACUGAGUGUUAUAGGAGGGGAGGGGGGUUAAGAGAGGAAUGAGGGGAGGGGAGGGAGCUAUUAUAGGAAGAGUAGUAAGCGGUCUUUAUCUCUCUCCCCUCACGUAGCUCUUUCACUUUGUUCUAUUGUUGAUGAGUGCUGCUCUGUUGAGAUUUUUCCACCAAGGAUUUUUGCUUCUUCUGAUUCUUCCCCUCAAAUCACUCAGUAGUAGCGAGCCAGGGGGGCAUGUAGACAACUGCAUUUGUGUGAAAUGCAGAAUGGUUGGACUUUUUGGUCAGGAUGCGAGUGAAUGACACCUGCUUUUCCUAAAGACAAGGGACAGUUUGCUUUGAGGGGACUCUACCCAUGGAGAAUGACAUAGAAGACAACCAGUUCAGAAUGUCCAUCCUGGAGCGCUUGGAGCAGAUGGAGAGGAGGAUGGCCGAGAUGGCCAGCCAGCAGCAGGGCAGCGGGGCCGGCGGGGCAGGGCCCGGGACAGGCGGGGCAGGAAGUGGUGUCGGCGGAGGCGGGGGCAGUGGAGGCGGAGGCAACAGCAGCCAGUCACAGCAGUGCGUGUCGGGCUCGGGCCAGGCCAGCAGCUCCUUCGAGAGCCGUGUGGUGGUGGUCUGCGAGAAGAUGAUGAGCAGGGCCUGCUGGGCCAAGUCCAAACACCUCAUCCACUCCAAGACGUUCCGCGGCAUGACGCUGCUGCACCUGGCCGCCGGCCAGGGCUACGCCACCCUCAUCCAGACGCUCAUCAAGUGGCGCACCAAGCACUCUGACAGCAUCGACUUGGAGCUGGAGGUUGACCCCCUCAACGUGGACCACUUCUCCUGCACGCCCUUAAUGUGGGCCUGUGCUCUGGGUCACCUGGAGGCGGCGGUGGUCCUGUACAAGUGGGACCGGCGAGCCCUGGCCAUCCCGGACUCCCUGGGCCGCCUGCCCCUGUCCAUCGCCCGCUCCCGCGGACACACCAAGCUGGCCGAGUGCCUGGAGCAGCUCCAGAGGGAGCAGCAGCCGCCGGCCCCCCUGCCCCCCACCACGCGCAUGUCCUUCUCCUCGGCCCCGGACGCCCCCCCCACCACCGACAGCUGGAUGGUCAGCUGGGCCAACGAGGGCUUGGUCACAUCGGGCGGCGCCAAAGGCGGCGGCGGUGGCGGCGCCACCACCACCACCAGCAACGCCAACCCCAAUCUAGACCUGCGGAGGCCGAGGUCCGAGCCCUCCAACUACUACAGCAGCGAGAGCCAGAGAGACCUCCCGCAGGCCAAGAAACACAAACCCAACCCGGAGCUGUUCCAGGCGCGGCCCGACAAGGCCCUGUCGGUGCCGCUGAGCCUGGAGCAGCAGCAGCUGCACAAGCUCUCCUCCAGCCCCAAGAGCCUGUCGUCGGAGGGCCUGUCCGGGGCAGGCGGCGCCGGGACGGCCCGGUGGAGCUCCGGCAGGGAGAGCGGCUUCUCCAACAGCGGCCCGGGCAGGAAGGGGUCGGGGGUCGGCGGGAGCGGUGGGCUGGGCAAGGAGAAGCUGGCCGGCCGGCUACGCCAGAGGGAGCAGCUGGGCAUGCUGGCCAUGGCCGAUCGGGAGAUGGUGGACACGGAGCUGCUGUCCUACAGGGAGGACCUGGAGAGCCAGGACUGCCUCACGCAGAUGGACAACCUCCAGGUGAACAUGAUGUCCCUGGCCGAGCACAUCAUCGAGGCCACCCCGGACCGCAUCAAGAGGGAGAACUUCAGCGCGGGGGACUCGGUUCCCCUGGACACCACGGGGGUCAGCAACACCAUGAGCUGGCUGGCAAACUACCUGGGAGACGUGGAGCAGCUACCCAGCAUCAUCCACCUACGGUCGCUGUACAACGAGCCCCUCGGCCCGUCCUCCAACCCGGGCCUGAGCCCGGGGGGGUCCCCGCCGCGGGAGGGCUCCCUGGAGCGGCCCGGCCUGCCCUCCCCGGCCGACUGGAGCGAGUUCAUCAACGCCUCCAACAGCAAGGUGGAGCGGGACCUGGCCCAGCUGACGCUGUCCGACCCGGAGCAGCGGGAGCUGUACGAGGCCGCCCGUCUGGUGCAGACGGCCUUCCGCAAGUACAAGGGCCGCCCGCUCCGAGAGCAACAGGAAGUUGCGGCUGCCGUCAUUCAGCGUUGUUACAAGAAGUACAAACAGCUAACAUGGAUAGCCUUGAAGUAUGCACUUUACAAGAAGAUGACGCAGGCCGCCAUCCUCAUCCAGAGUAAGUUCCGCAGCUACCACGAGCAGAAGAAGUUCCAGCAGAGCCGGCGGGCCGCGGUCCUCAUCCAGCAGUGCUACCGCAGCUACCGCGAGUCCGGCCGCCUGGGACCCCACCGGCACGGCCCCGCCGCCGCAGCCCUCGUGCAACACAAGCUGAGAAGCAGUCUGCUUACCAAAAGGCAGGACCAAGCUGCCAGGAAGAUCAUGAGGUUUCUGCGCCGCUGUCGCCACAGCCCCUUGAUGGACCAUAGACUGUUCAAGCGGAGUGAAAGAAUUGAAAAGGGCCAGGGAACAUGAGACCCAGCAGGAGAACGCCCUCGCCGUGUGACAUCCAUCUCCUGACUCCUUUUUUCCGUUCCUCUUCCCCUUCUUUUGUUUUUUUUUCCGUUUGUACCCGGGUAUUUUACAAAGGGAAUCGAAAACAACAACAACAACAAAAGUGUCAAUGCAGACUGCUGCGGCGACGACCGCAGUGUGAUCGGAUUCUAGUCCUCGUAACUGCUGCCCCAAUUCUUCUUUUCAACCCAUUUCCUUUGGUUCCCACUGACUUGAUUUCAGUUGUUGGAUCGUGGCGACUCUAAUCGGACUACAAACUCAAGGCUGGGGGGAGGGGGAGGGAGAACAUUUGCUUCAUGGCAUUUCUGUUGCACUUUUUCAUGGAUUACGUGCUCUUUUCCGACGUAAAGGAAGAGCGUGUGCGUUAUGUUUUUUUUUUCCGGAUGUCGCAACGGGAAGAUGAACACGGGCCGUCGUCCGCGGGGGCCCGCCUCUCUGCAGACGACGGGACGAGAGACGAAUGUGUCAGACAAGGGGCGUGGAGGACCAUUAAGGAAACACAGACAAAAAGAUAAACAAUAUGAGCUCUACUCUUGUAUUUUACAACUAUUUCGAAGUGAUGGAUCUUUUUCAGUUGUGGGUGUUGGAGUUUUAUUUCUUUAUUUUCUUAACCAAACACAUUGGUAACCAAUUGACCCAUUUGCACAAGUCAACUCUCAUCCACCGCCAUAGACGUGUGCUUUCAGUUCAACCCUUCGACAACUCAUCACGUCCCACUGCGCUCCGCCCCGCCCCAUCCGUCCAAGUGGGCGGAGCCUCAUAUGAAUGUAGGAGGGGCUUUCCCAUUCAGAAACCAAGUAGGGGAGGGCAUUGUGGUUAUUUUUCAGUUUCUUAGGAAACGUCAUGACAUCAUUGUUUACAUUAUUGCUUUAUUACUUGAAGUCGAUCUCCCGUUGCGUCCGAUGUACACUCUGCGUGUGAUCCUCGGAGGUUCUGUGUUGUUCGACCCCGUUCGAGGGAAACUGCAUGACUCUGCAAAGCAUUGUUGCCUGUGUGCUUGUGAUUCGGUCGUUCUGUUUUAAAGAGUACCAGUUCUGCGGCGGUCCGGCGCCCACCGCCUCCUCCUCCUCCUCCUCCCCCUCCUCUUCCUCUACGGGUCCCGCCAUUGUUCUGAGUUCCCCCGAUGUGGUCUCCUUCCUCCCUUCUCCCUCUUCAUCCUCUUUUCCGUUCGUUUUUCCUCGUCGUUUUUUAUUUGUUUUUUUACGAGAACCCAAAAAGGAAGAUAUAUGAAAAUAAUCGACGUUGCCUCUGUUGUGUUGUAAACGUUAUUUGUCAUAAAGGUUGUUACUUGUUCUUUUAAAUGACCUUCAGGGCUCAGGAGGGCUCCUGAGGGGACGAUCACAUACAUUGCCUUGACGUCUUAGAGAUUCUUUGAGGUGUCCCUAAGCUACUCCCAAAAUAGGGGUGUGACAAAUCCAUAUUUUUGACAAUUGAGCGGUUUCUGUACAUAAAGAAGGCUGAAAGUACGUAGGGUAAAAAAAAGAAAAGUUAACAUUUACCCAAACGGGGGUUGUAUUUUAGAGAUAUAUUAUUUUAUUCAUUAAAAAGGGGUCAAAAAUAGGUAAUCGACAAAAACAAAAUAUUUGUAUAGUUUUGUUUGGAUGCCUAAAAGUAUGGUUGUAUUCUUUGUAUAUAGUGUAAAUACCUGGGAUAAAAAUGAGCUACAUGCAUGAAAAAUAUGAACAGAUCAAAAGAAAAAACAAGAAGAAACGCAGUAGUGGCUAUGCUCUGUAAAAUGAUUACAACUAUUUCACUAUAAGAGUAUUUUAUUUUAUUUUGAUUGUUCUUAAGAAGAACAUUUUGCUAAAGCAUGACCUAAUGCAAUAUGAAAAAGUACAAAAAAACAACCAUAGUGUAUUUAGAGUUAGGAGAUACCUGCAAAAUUAUCUUACAACAAGUAUGGUUAUGUUUACAUUUUAUUUAAUUUAUUUUGGUUUGUUUUAGGCUACCAAGAAUCUUCUGCCAUUGGUGCCAAGUAACGUGAAUGCUAUAUUACCGAACAAGAGAACUAAGUUAAUAUAUAUUUUAUUUUUAUUUCGCAGAACCGAUAAUCAUAAUUUAGAUCCACACCAACGUGAAUGACCUAAAGCUCACAGCUGGCUGACAAACAAUAACUCAAUGGUACAAACAAUGCAGAAGGAGUCACAUUUUAACAACACACACAGACAAACGUUGAGUCUCCCAUGUCUUCUCCAUUAACACCAUCCUGAUCCCAAACGUUUUGCCAUCACUGAAUACGCUUUGAUUUUCACAGCAAAGACCGUACAUCUUUGACAUUGUAUUUGAUUCUAUUUUUGAAAGUCGAUUGAAAUGUGUCACUGAAACAGGUUGUUUGAUCACAUUAAACGGUACGUUGAUGGCAGCCUUCUACCUAGCAAGAGAGAAGGCUGCCGUACAGGUUCCUUAAGUAUUACAAUCUGACAUUUGGGAAUAUCUGGGCCAUCGUGUAUUCAGUCGUUUAUUGCAGCAGAUAUUGGACUUCACAGACGCUACAGUAAUUAUGUCUCUGAGUCUUGGUCAAUUUAUCUUGAACAAGGCUGCCAUGAAUUGCGAUUAUUUUACUAAAGGUCAUGGAUAAGAUUGCUAUUCGUUUGUGAGCAAAGGGAAAAAACCUUGUAGCAAUGUUUUGUACUACUUUGCCAAACAGCUGAAUAGAUGUUCUCACAACUCAAAUGAAUGGUGCUAAACUGGUUCUGUCUGGAUCCCCACUCGCUGCAGAGACACUGCAGGGCUAAGGUUAGCAUGCUAGAGAGACAUCCAUCUCCGCUGUAGAUCUUGAACUCGGUUGUGUUUUGACAAACCUGGUUGCUACCGUACAAAAGCAGCUUGCUAUAAGCCACCUGAAACAGUAUUAUCAAGUCAUGCCUGCAUGUGCUUGAAACAAACACACAUGCAAUCGGAGGGGCUGUGGAUUGCUGCAAAUGUCUCUCAUGUAUUUAUGCCAGAGGUCGAAAAUAAGUGUUUUCUCUGUCUAAAAAAAGGGAUGAUUCUUUUGCCUCUGACGUGCCAUUGAAAAACUUCUUGCAUUUAUUGUUUCUGUCGACUGUGUUUUUUUCUCCAAAUGGGAUUGAUUUUUAUUGACUUUCCAGCUUUAUUUCUGUCAUCCACCCUUACUUGUGAGCGUUAUCUCCCGAGUGUUUAUGUAGAAAGUGCCUACUCAUAUCCCGCACAAAUCCAAAGUGCAUGCAAUGUACCUGAACUUCAAACUAUUGGGGAGAACAAAAAAAUACAGAAAGAAAACAGACAAAGGUCACGUUACUCCAGGUCUUACUGUCUGGAGUACGGGAAGCGAUCAACCCAUCACCACCAUCACGUAACACUAGCACAUACACACAACACCCAUCCAUUUACGACGUGUCAAAAAGCUAAGCUUGUGUUACUUUCUUUUCCUUUCUGUUUCUGCCAUUUUCUCUCUUUUCUACUGAAACUGCUUGUUAAAACCACAAGACUUUAGAAACGCCUCUAAAUCCUCUAGUUGUGGUCGGAAUGCCUCGCUGACGCAGUGUUGUGGCGGGAGGAGAGGGUUUUAUUGCGCUUGCAUGGGUUAAAUAGUUAAACUACGGGUGACAGAAGUGCACCUAAAGCAUGCUUAUUUUCCUAGAAUCGGUAGUCGGAUAGACAUGUUAAAAGACUUAUUGUUCUGUAAGAGGAUCAGCGCUGGUUUGACGUGUCACAGAACUGAGUCGAGGGCAGAGGUCAGACGACCCUAAGGGCAAAGUUGAAAUCCCACAAAUUAAAGAUAAGGAGUAAUUUGAAGUUUUUGACCAAUGUUUCCAUGGCAAGGCAUGGCGGAGGACAUGAAUGUUUUUUUGGUUUCGGUUUUUAGAGCAAGCUUCAACUUUUUAGCCUUUUUCUUUCAUUUGUUGAUUUUAUACAGAAGAUAUAAAUAUAUACAUUUGGAUCUAAUACGUGUGUUCCCAAAUGACAAAAUACCACGGACACCGUAAGAGACCAUUGUGAGACUGUAUAGGAGUACGGUACUGAACUUUACUAGUCACAGACACACGCACUAGACACCGCACAACACACAUGUAGACAUACGUAAACACACCCGUCUAGUCAGAAAGUGGACCGCGAGGGACUGGUUUACCUCACUACCUGUUUUCAGUUCAGUCGUUUUUUUGUUUUUGUAACUCAGGGUGCGGACACGGAGAGGAGGAAACACUACUGGUCACAUGGUUCAGGGCAGAAGGUGGUGAAAUUUGACGUGGGCCGAAAGCGGUGCUUUCUGGUCCGAGGCAGUAAUGGUCUACGUUGAUGGGGAUAGGGAUUAGAGUGAAAUUAUAUUUAACAGUGUUGGACGAUGGACACCAGUAUAAAAAAAGAGAAUAAAAGUAGACGUAUUCUGACUGAUGUUUUUCAUAGAAUCCUCUAUGACCAUUUUAUCGUUGUCGUUUUUUCUGUUGUUGUCUUGGAAUAGAUUUAUACAGACAAAACGGAGAGGGUUAGUCAAGUUUCAAUGGAAAGCUCACCUGCAAAUCUUGUUUUUACUGCCAUUUUAUGAGAUGGGAUGACAGGUAAGCUGAUAGGCGCUCUUCACUCAUCUACUGUUGAUUUCACGACGUUCUGCGAAUCCCGCCUUUCCUCCUCUUCUCCUUUGAUCACCCAAAACCAGACAACGGUAGGCAUCAGGGCAAACCAACAGAAACUAUCUCACAACAUAUUCCACUCGUGGACACAGAGCAAUAAGAAUUAUUUUGUGGAGACCUAUAGACCUAGUGAAGUUUAAAACGAUUGGACACAUGUAGUCGACUUACUCUUAUGCAAAUGCCAGUAUUGCAAGACAAGUAUUCAAUAGUUUAUGGACAGCAAUUAUAUGGCGCCCUUUACCGAAUUGCACGUUUUCAUCAAUUCCAAAACCAAGAAGAAAAAAAUACAGCCCUACUUUGGGUCCUCGACACUUUGCAUGUAAACUAGUGUUAGAUCUUUUUUCCUCUCCUCUAUAACUGUCUUACUCGUCUUUCCCAGCUUUGCAAACCUAUUUCUUUCCACCCUGAUAGUUUCACCCCUUCCUCCUCCUCCUCCUCCUCCUCCUCCUCCUCCUUCGUUCCUCUGAUGUUUUGCUUUCGUUUUCUUUCUUACCCUUUCUCGUUUGUAAGUUUUAUUUUUGUAAUUGUGCAUGUACAAGCGUCACUGACUCGAUGGAUAUGUAAAAAAAAAAAGAGAUUUCAGCUGCUGAAGCCAUGCAAAACGUUUUUGAAAUGCCCUUAAAAUAUGAAAUAUGUUUUCUGAAUGCUUUAUAUUCUUUCUGCUGUAAAAUAAUAAAACAAGAAAAAAAUUAAGAAAAUUCUUGAA